UGUUCUAUUUUCGUAAUUAUCUAAAGUCGUUAUCAUUUCUCUUUCUCCUUAGUUUGUGAACCCUUCAUGGCACAAUAAAUUGAAUGCAAAAAAAAAAAAUCAUUCUUCUUGUUCAGAGACGUGACAAUAAAAGUAACUAUAAAUAUUUGAUAUGAUCAACUAAGAUAUUAUUUUACUAUAGAAGAUGAUGAUUCUCAAGGAUUAUUACGAAAAUCACUUAAUUCUAUAUUAUCAACAUGGAAAACGGCGUUAAAACCAAAUCAUCUUCUACUCAUACCACUUGGAUUUUGGACGCUUUCCGGUGAAGCAUUCUUUAUGGGAGCUUUCACAAAUAGCUUUAUUACAUGUACAAUUGGUGUUCGAUAUGUUGGUUUGAUUAUGACAAUAUAUGGUAUAAUAGCUACUGCUGCUUCGAUUAUCGUUACUUACAUAGUUAAAUUAAAAUACAGUCGACCAAUAUGCUUUUUAAUCUCAUCGUUGUUAAGCUAUACUAUAUUCAUCGUUAUGCUUGUGUGGAAACCAACAGUCUCACUAACUUAUGUGUUAUUUAUCAUUCCAUGUUUAUCAAGUAUUGUAGAUGGACUUACAGAACCAUUUAUCACAGGUUUUACAUAA